AUGCCCGUCUCCUCCACUUACCCGCCAGUCGACAUACCCGAUGUCGAUCUUUGGUCCUUUCUCUUUGAGCGCAAGGACAGACCCUUUCCAGAUGACAAGAUCCUCUACCAGGAUGCCGACACAAAAAGGUACUAUACCUACGCCACGUUGAAGAAUGCAUCUCUUGAUUUCGCCAAAGGUCUCAAGGCCAUCUAUGACUGGCGCAAGGGCGAUGUAUUGGCCCUGUUCACUCCGAACAGCAUCGACACCCCGGUGGUGAUGUGGGGUACCCUCUGGGCAGGUGGUAUCAUCUCGCCUGCCAACCCAGCCUACACGGUCGAUGAGCUUGCCUUUCAAUUGAAAAAUUCCGGUGCUAAAGCGCUUGCGACGCAAGUUUCCGCGCUGACAGUGGCAACCGCGGCGGCGAAGAAGGUCGGAAUUCCCGAGGACCGAAUCAUUCUGCUUGAUGAGGAGCGUGAUCCGAGUGCUCGAGUCAAGCACUUCACAUCUGUUCGAAACAUUUCCGGUGCUACGCGGUUCCGCCGGCCGAAGGUCAACGCCAGCACGGAUAUUGCAUUCUUGGUCUACUCAUCGGGAACCACGGGUGUACCAAAGGGUGUCAUGUUGUCUCAUCGAAAUAUCAUUGCCAAUGUCUUGCAGCAAGCCGUUGCUGAAGGUGGUCAUUUGAGCUGGAAGGGUGGGCCAGAUGGCCAGGGCGAUCGUCUCCUGGCUUUCCUGCCAUUCUAUCACAUUUACGGCCUCACUUGUCUGCUCACCCAGGCCUUGUACAAAGGCUACCAUCUGAUUGUGAUGAAAAAAUUUGAGAUUGAGAAAUGGUGUUCCCACGUGCAAGAGUUCAAAGUGACAUUCAGCUACAUCGUGCCUCCAGUCGUCCUUCAACUGGGCAAACACCCCGCCGUCGACAAGUACGAUCUAUCAAGUCUACGCAUGAUGAACUCGGGAGCUGCGCCGCUUACACAAGAAUUGGUGGAGAACGUGUACAAGCGUAUCAAGGUCGGCAUAAAACAGGGCUACGGACUGAGCGAGACGAGCCCCACUACUCAUUCUCAACGAUGGGAGGAUUGGCAUGACUACAUCGGCUCAGUCGGUCGGCUGAUGCCGAACAUGGAAGCCAAAUACAUGACGAUGCCUGAGGAUGGAUCUGAGCCACGUGAGGUUGCCGUGGGAGAAGUUGGCGAGUUGUCGGUACGUGGUCCCAAUGUCUUCCUUGGGUACCAUCAGAAUCUCAAAGCCACCCGAGAGUGUUUGUCAGAGGAUGGGUGGUUCCGUACAGGUGACGUUGGCUACCAAGAUGCCAAGGGUAACUUUUACAUUACCGAUCGCGUCAAGGAGCUCAUCAAGUAUAAGGGCUUCCAGGUCCCUCCCGCCGAGCUCGAGGGUAUCUUGGUUGACAACGUGGGCAUCGACGACGUGGCUGUGAUCGGUAUCGAAAGCGAGGCUCACGGGUCCGAAGUGCCCUUGGCUUGCGUCGUACGAAGUGCCAAGAGCAAGUCCUCCGGUGUCAGCGAUACCGAAGAGGCAGCCAACAUUGUGAAAUGGCUCGACAGCAAGGUUGCGCCUCACAAGCGUCUCCGUGGUGGGGUUCGCUUUGUGGACUCCAUUCCCAAGAAUCCCAGCGGCAAAAUCCUGCGUCGUGUGCUCAAGCUACAAUUCAAGGACGAAGCCAAAGGACCAAAGGCGAAGCUUUAG